AUGACGCAAGUGCCGACUGCAGCAGGAUUCCAGCCUGGCAGCAGCGGCCGCGUCAUGUGGGAAAGCAACUGCGACUUCCCGAGAAACGACUGCCGCUCGGUGAACGCCCUGCCGGAAAUGUGCGGAGACCUCUGCGCUGACGACGCUGCCUGCACACACUGGACGUGGAACAACUACAGCGGCGGCACCUGCUGGCUCAAGCAGGACACUCCGUCUCCCAAAACCAGAAGCUACGGAGCGAUCUGCGGCUACGUCGUCUCCCGGUCCUCGACAGCUGCAGCGUCGAGUGGUCUUUCCACCUCGGAUAUGGCGGAUAUGCUGGGCCGGAUCAACUCCCUCCGCGCACAGAAUGGUUUAGGCGCACUCGCCAUCGACUACAGACUCGUUAAGGCAGCGCUGCUCCACUCGCAAGACCAGGCGAGUCAUUGCCAAAUGACGCACAAAGGAACAACGAUCCGGGACUUCGGGGAUCGACUCGAAGCUCAGGGCUACAGCUACAACACAGCGGCGGAAAACGUGGCCGCAGGACAAACCACGGUGGCAGAUGUCAUGACGUCCUGGUGGAACUCGCCAGGCCACCGCGCCAACAUCCUCAACAAGGACGUCGUGAACGUCGGCCUUGCCCUCGCCACCAAUGAAGCUUGCGGCGACUACGCGACCUACUGGACGCAGGACUUCGGACGCCAACUAUGA